AGACAGAUCGAAGUUCAAAAUGUAAAUAAAUCAACAUUUUCCUCUAAUAUACCUUUUUACGGUUUAAGUAAAAAAAAAAUAUAUAUCUAAAAACAUGACGUCAGCUUCGUCAAGUAGUGCGAGAACUCUAUUCGCUGAAUCUAAACAACGUUUAGCGGAAAGGGUGCAAGUUAAUAUGAACAACAUAGCUUCACUGGCUCGGCAGAUUCAAAGAGGAUCGAAAUCUAAUGAGCUCCUGUCAAAGGCUGCACGAGAUUUUGCGGCUACUGAGCAUUUGAUGGAGGGCAGUGAAGAACAUCUUAAGAAAAUGCAACUUAUAUCAGUACACAUGGGUUACCAGUUCGAAAAUAUCCACAAAUCUGCUCAAAUGUUGACAGAGAUUAAUGAACAGAUCAAUAUGAUGCAGAGAUGAUAAACAAAAUUAUAUUUAUAACUACUAAUGUGUGGCAGAAAUAGUUAUUUAAACUGCCUUAAAUUAUAUUAACUACCUUAAUGAUAGGCGUGUCUAACUUAGAUAUAAUGAGUAGUACAUCUGUACAUUAAAUUUACUAUCUAUCACAUUAUAUUCUAUAUUGUUAAUUAUAUUUCAAUUGCAUAAAGUAA